UUGUCUUCUCUGAAACCAAACCUAGAUUUUCUUUUUUCUUUUUUUUUUGCACUGCUCUCUGAAGACAACCUGCGUUUCCAUCAAAUCCAGUUGAAAUAUAAAUCCUCCCAGCAGCUCAGGUCACCAGCAUGCGGGCUGUAACACCUGCUGCUGGAGGACGCACCACUUCACACAGCACUUUCUAUGUUAAUGACCCGUCCGAGCAUGUCCCACCCCCACUUGACUUCCCAGCGCUUCUAAAACAACCCGAGGCAGUAUCGGCAGAGAUCUCGGUCACUACUGGCUCAUAUAUUUUUUUAUUAGUGAGCUUCUCUUUAUUGUGUUUCGGACUAUGAUCUGGAGAUUGAUGGUGAUCUUGGGUGGGCUGUGCGUCCUUCUUCACGGGGCUGAAGGCAGCAGGAGCCGCGGGGGGAGGACGGUGACUUUCCAUCGGACUCAGCAAGAUGUGAGUCAGGGUGGAGAGCGCGCGCGACCAAGAAGGGACACCAGCAGCAGCAGUAGCAGCAGCAGCUCCUCAGGUACCCCGAGACCUUCACGUGGACCCCCCUUCACGUCCUGCAAGACCCCCCUGACCCCCGCAGAGCACAAAGUCCUGGAUGACAACACGCACGAGACAGGGUUUAACGGUGAUGACGGCUCAUACGUCAUCCUCACGUGGGUGGGCGAUGGUACAGGAGUCGUCUUGGUGCUCUCAACAUUCAGCGCUCCAAUAGACUCGUUCCUGGAGGGAGGCUCCUCACGACUUUAUCGCAGUACGGAUUAUGCAAAAUCCUUCCAUGACAUAUCCGACCGGAUUAACAACACCUUCAUCAGGGAGGAGUUUGGGGUUAGCGUUGGACCUGGGACAUCUGUGAUACUGACCGCAGACAUCCCUGUUUUAGACCAUCAAGGCGGGAUCAUCUUCACCUCCACUGACGCAGGUGCAACCUUCAAGUUCAUCCAGCUUCCCUUCCACCCGGUUCAGCCAAUCACAUACCACUACCAGAACCCGGACUACCUCGUGGCCCUCAGCAUCGAUGGCGGUCUGUGGCUCUCUCUGGACUUUGGCGCCAAGUGGACAAAAGUUCACGAUGGAGUGCAUUCCUUCUCAUGGGGAGCCGGCAACAAUCUGUUCCUUAGCUUCAGCCGCACAGAAGCAGUUGAUGCAGAGGAGCGUGGGGAUUUGGUCCUAAAGAGGACGACAGAUCUGGGUAAAACCUUCACCAUCAUCCAUGAGGACAUCUUCAGCUUCGGCUACAUCGGAGCGUUCCUCUUCUUCUCUGUGAUGGAAGAUCCGAGAUCCCCUCGGGUCAUGUACUUCUCAUCAGACCAGGGAGACACCUUCAGCCGGGCCCUGCUGCCCUCUGCCUCCACUGAGCAGUUUUACUCCAUCCUGGACGGAGAUGAGGAAAUGCUCUUCAUGCAUGUGGACAACCCCGGAGACACUUUCUUCGGGACCAUGUACACGUCAGACGACCGCGGCAUCUUGUUCUCCAAGUCCCUGGAGCGCCACCUGUUUGACGGGCAUAGAAAGAGCGACUUCACCAACAUCACCUCUCUGAGAGGAGUCUACCUCACCAACAAACUAGAUGAAGAUGGUCGUAUCAGAUCUGUCAUAUCCUUUAACAGAGGAGGAGCGUGGAGACAACUUCAGAAACCGGACAAUGUGGAGUGUGGAAAGCAAGUCAAGAAUUGCAACCUUCACAUUCAUGGGGAACACAGUCGAAACAACCGCAUCGUCCCCAUGAUGGCUUUGUCUGAACCCACGGCGGUUGGUUUAGUGAUCGCACACGGUACUGUCGGUGACUCUCUGUCCUCGUCCCAACACCCAGAUGUGUUUGUCUCCUCAGAUGGAGGUUACACCUGGAGGGGGACGCUGAGGGGGCCGCACCACUACAGCAUCCUGGACUCUGGGGGUCUCAUUGUGGCUGUGGAGGCCCAGCGUGAAGGACAAGUCAAGACUAUAAAGUUCUCCACGGAUGAAGGCCGGUGCUGGAAGUCGUAUAACUUCACAGAGCAGUCGUUCUUCUUCGCAGGCCUGGCGUCCGAGCCGGGGACGAAGGCCAUGAAUGUCAGCGUGUGGGGGUUCAGACCCGAGGACGACAACCAGCCCAUGUGGGUCGCUGUAACCAUCGACUUCCAGAGCCUCAUCACAAGACAGUGUAAUGAGCAGGACUAUGAAGAGUGGUUGGCUCACUCCUCAGAUGACGGAGACCCGAAGAGAAAGGGAUGUGUGCUGGGAGUGAGAGAGACGUACAGGAGGCUGAAGAAACAAUCUGUGUGCAGAAACGGGAAAGGCUUCGUGGUGAGCAAGAAGCAAAGCCCCUGCCUGUGCACCAGAGAGGAUUACUUAUGUGACUACGGUUACUAUCGACAUGAGAACACCUCAGAGUGUUUGAGGCAGUCCAUCAAUACAUCCUUGGAGCUGUGUCUGAACAGAGAGGAGGACGAGCUUCUGACAGCAGGGUAUCGUAAGGUCCCGAGUGACAGGUGUGAGGGGGGCUUCUCUCCUCUGCUCGCCGUGCAGACGGUCAUCAGACCCUGUGGGGUGAAACCCAGCCCCAGUCCGCCUGCCAGGUCUUCAUCUCCAGUCACUCACUUUGACACUCCGAGAGAGCGGCUGGUGUUGAUCCUGGUGUGUGCAGGAGCAGGAGUCAUCGUCCUGGUUGCUGUCGUCUCUGCUGUCAUUGCUGUCAGGAGGGUGAUGUACAGAAACAGGGCUCCUGUGUAUCGCUUUUCCAACCUUCAGAUCCAGGACGAUGAAAACAGCAUCACAGGAGAUCUUCAGAGCGCCACCAGCAGCAACGGCACCGUCUGCCAACAGGACUCAGAUGAUGAUCUUCUUGAAUGACAAAUAACAACAUUUAAUGGAUGAGAAGAAGAAGAAUAUCCUUAAUGGACACCAGCAGUAAAGAGAAGACUUGUUGGACUUACCCCUGAUAUUUUCUUGGGAGCUGCCGUCUUGAGGAUUUGAAUGUCUUGCGACAGAUUGUCUUAAUUUAUUGAGCUAACUUUAUGUCACUGCUUUAAUUUGCUCUGUGAUUUGUACAGUAUUUUUUAUUUUGAUUUUAGUCUGUGUUGUAAGACUUUUUAUCUUAUGUUCAAUGUUAGAACUGGACAAAACUGAAAACAUGCAUCUCUUUUUAAAAAAACUGCUAAAAUAUGUAAUGAUUGUAAAUCAUCAGUUUAAGUUAAAACAAGUUUUUAUAUGUGGUUUAAAUGCACCAUAAACUUUCGGCAGCAUCUCUCCAGGAGACCACAGGUGGCGCUGCAGCCUGUCGCCUCUGUUAACGUGAGCAGAGAAGAAGAAAAACCAGGAAGUUGGAGAAGCGGAAACAAAGAUGGAAUAUUUACAGAUGUCUCACUCCUGAAAGAAAACCUCUCACCACUCUACUUACUUUCCAUCUUUUGCUUGUUUAUACUUUUGAUGACACGUUUUUUUUUUGUUUU